GGUCCUGCUGGAAAAGCACGGAAAUCAAUAUGCACCGCAUGUUGUCUGGUAUUUUGAUCAUUCUCAGACGCAAUCGAGGAGAUAACAUCCAGUGAUUCCUCUACAAAUACUCUGAUGUUGAUAGUGAAAUCUUAUACGUACACAAACAUAACCUGAUGACCGUGUCCCAUAACCCUGGCCCCCACAAAGACAAUAAAAUCCAAGAUUUGGUUUUGCUAGAAGAAAAAACUGCAGAUUCAAACGAAGCAACAGGCUUUUAAGGGUAAUUUCCUCAGUAUAACAAACAUCUUUGUUGCAUUAUUGGGAAAAUCUAGGACUAGAGGUAUCUCAAUUGCAAAACGAUUACUUUCCAUAUCAGUCACGUGCCAUUGGAAAAUGACAAUUAUCAAGUGGAAAGGUUUUGAUAGCUCAACCCAUGUCAUUAACUGUCUAAUCCUUUGGCAAGGUAAUGAAGUAAAGUGCAGCUGACAUAAUGUUGUCCCUAAAGGAAGACGUUGCCUUAAAGCACGCAAAGAUAGCUUAGCCUCAGAGGAAAUUAACCGAUUUUACUUCCUAAGGAGAGUGGUAACGAAGAUAGCGGUGAAACACAAACACUUCAAAACAGCAUAAGAAGAGUGAAUAGAAAGUAUGGCCUUGGAUUUAAAAGGGGCAGACAUGGUCCGUAAGAAAAUAGCUACUUUCAAAAGCAAGAUACAGGACGCGGAAAAAAGGAGUGGAAAAGCGAAAGAAAGUCUUCAACUUGUACAAGAAAGCUUUAAUAGCACCAGGAGAACGAAGGCAAGAGUGGAAGCGUUAAUUUCAAAAAGGGAGUCGCAACUAGAAAAAGUAGAAUCUCUCAUCUCUAUUGUUCAAAGGAAAUGGGAUGCCUUUAAUAGAUUCCUCGAAGAAAUAACGAACACACGAGUUGCAGUAAGUAUGGAUACUCGUGGUAGUAAAGAUGUGAGCGAAAUCGAUACCACAAUUGCGACAAUUAAAGAGAGAACUAAAAUCGCCGAGAGAAAGUGUAUAACGUGCGCCAAAAGAGAACACGAAUUGCGUAUGCGAACGAAGACGUCUAGAGAACGCUGUAUCCAAUUGGAAACCACUGCUAUAUCAUUACAGGAAGAAUUAGCGGCUUUAAGAGAACGUGUUGAAGUCUUACAACAAUCAAGAAAAUUACGCGCAACACGGAAGCUUCAAAUGGAACGUUUAGAGAGCAAAGUGCAACUGGCCAUUGCACGAGCUCAAGAAAACGAAAACUUGGAAUCUGAACUCGAGAAUCGAGUAAUCGAAUUGGAAGAUCAAAUCGAAAUGUAUACAAUGAAAAAGAAGCGAACCUCAAGCUUCCUAGAACAAACAAACAGCGAAAAGUCGAUUGAACCCUGGACAGUUACGCUAUGGCUUCGAAGUUCCAGACUUGUAAACGGUUCUCCUUCCUCAGUUCCUGCGCUACCUAAUUCAACGGAAUAAACCCUAAAGCAUGCAAACAUCUCCUAAUCUGACGAAGAAUCCGUAAAACCAACUUAUACAAAGGAGAUUAAAGUGCAAAGCGACAUCGAGACGUCCAAUUUUCAUGUUGUUUUAUUUGGCUGUGUCGCGAUUAUUUAAUUGUAGCCUAUAAAUUCAUGCCUUGUCAAAAUAUUCCGCAAGACUGCCGGAAACAAACACCUUACUUUGAUGUUAACAUUCAUGUUUCCUCGAGUGUUGUUUGGUGUCUAUCGAAAGCGGAUUUUCAACGGAAGAAAACUUAAAUUAAGGCUAAUUAACUCAUGCAUCAAAGUCGUCUGAGUGGGACGUUUUUGGUUUGUUUUUGUCUUGAUAUCUUGAACUCAGUGACCCUACGAUCUUUGAAAUUCUUUUAUCCAAAUGAGAAACUUAAUACAGUAGAGUAAUACCACGACCUCAGCAAGCCUCCGGAACAAAUACUCACCCGGGCAAGAACAACAAAGACAUGCUUGGUUUAUAGGAGAUACCAGUUACAAAGAAAACAUUGUUACCUUUGUUUGCGAGAUCCUAGCUACAAAGCCAAAUUGUAACAUUGUAUUUCAAGUUCAACUUUCAAGUGUGCCUACCUUAUGUAUUUCAAAUCAAUGUAAGCUUAAUUGUUUCCUUCAAAAACCAUUGUAAAGCGGUGGGCCGUACAAAAAACAUUUAAUUAUCAAUGAGACAACGAGCUCAAACUGAUAAAGAAUAAAAGCUGGCCGUAAUCCGUAUUAUUUAGCUUACA